AUGGAAGGUGGUCAUUCUCCCUUCACUUUAGACUACGAAGUCUCAAAAACUUACAGCCCCCAACGUCUGCUGGAAGGGAAAGGCAAUGACACCCCUGCUGUUGAGUACCUGGGAUCCCCAGAAAGUCACACCGUCUUCACCAAAAGGGACAGCCUAACAGCCUCUGAGGAGGAGGAGGAAGAAUCUGAGGGUCCCCUGAGGAUACAGGACCUGAAGGAGGCCUACAUCCAGCUCAUCCAGGGCGUGCAGGAGUGGCAGGAUGGCUGCAUCUACCGAGGGGAGUUUGGACUAAACAUGAAGCUCGGAUAUGGUGAAUUCUCUUGGCCCACAGGCGAGUUGUACCGUGGGCAGUUUUACCGGGAUCACUGCCAUGGCCUGGGCACCUACAUGUGGCCGGAUGGCUCCAGUUUCACAGGCAUGUUUUACCUCAGCCACCGAGAGGGCUACGGUGCCAUGUACAUGAAGACAAGGUUCUUCCAGGGGUUGUACAAGGCAGACAAACGGUUCGGUCCAGGCAUCGAGACCUACCCUGAUGGCAGCCAGGAUGUUGGGCUGUGGUUCCGGGAGCACCUCAUCAAGCUGUGCACCAGGAUACCUAGUGGCUUCUCCCUGCUCAGUUACCCUGAGUUCUCCAGCUUCCUCACCUGCACUUCUGCUAGAAUCAGACUCUCAGAAGAGGACACCAUGAAGUGGGGCCUGAAUGAGGGACAGGACCCCUUUUUCUAUGAGUAUAAGCGUUUUCUUCUGAAUGAAGACCUAACGCUGCCUCCAGAAAUGCACAUUUACUCAACUGACAACUGUCAUCUGCCCAUGACAUGCUCUUUCCGCAAAGAGCUGGAUGCCCAGAUCUUUGUUCAUGAUAUACCUCCAUUCAUCGAGGAUGGAGAGCCCUGGUUUAUAACAAAUGAGACCCCUUUGUUGGUCAGAAUCCAGAAGCAAACUUACAAGUUCAGGAACAACAAGGCCCACACCAGCUGGAACAUGGGUGCCAUUCUGGAGGGGAACCGCAGCUGCUUUGCGUGCCACGGGCCCAAGGAGCGGCUUUCCAUGGAGAUGAUCCUGAAGGCCGAGGAAGGAGACCACGACUGGAUUUAUGGGAUCCUGAGGGACAACUUUGUCAGCGCCGAUGUGGCUGAUGCAAAGGGCUACACUGUGCUUGCCGCAGCUGCCGUGCAUUGUCACAAUGACAUUGUCAACCUUCUCCUGGACUACGGGGCUGAUGUGAACAAGUGCUCGGAUGAGGGCCUCACGCCCCUCAGCAUGUGCUUCCUCCUCUACUACCCUGCCUGCUCCUUCAAGCCCAACAUUGCUGAGAGGACUGUGCCUGAGCCCCAGGAACCUCCCAAACUCCUAGUCGAUCCAACCCGUUCGUUCUCAUUGGAGCAGAUGAACAUGGAGUCUCUCUGCUGUGAGGUGAACGCGCCACUUGAGGGUAACCCUGAGCUGAGGCCACAGCUGCAUGUGUCCAGCAGUGAUGAGGGCGGCCCCUCCCAGGACAUUGGACAGUGUCAACAGUCCAUCGACCUGAAGAGCAGCUCUCCCAAGGAUGGGGACUGCUUGUCAGUGAAGGACAGCAUCAGUGAUAUGGGGAGAGGCCCCGAGGACAUGUUGGGAAACUUGGACAAGUGCACUCUGUGCAGCAAUGAGACAAACUUCGACUCCAACGUCUGUGUGCACAACUUCUCCAUUGUGCUCUCGCGGGACAUGUUGGAGAAGAGUGCCGAGGCCCACAGCAUGCUGAAGGCCCCCUCCCUGGAUGCCACCUGCCCGGACAAAGGGACCAUGAGGAGAAUGGCGCUGUCCAUGGUCGAACAGAGAAAGAGGUGGCUGACCAUCCAGUUGCUGCUGCACCGAGGCGCCGAUCCCAACCUGUGCUGCGUGCCCAUGCAGGUCCUGUUUCUCGCUGUGAAAGCUGGGGAUGUGGAUGGGGUGAGGCUGCUGUUGGAGAACAAGGCAAGGACUGACAUCCACUCACCCACCUUACCCCUAUCUGUGUUUCCUCCACAGCUGGGUGCUCUGACGCCGCUUCACAUUGCUGCUGCCCUUCCUGGGGAGGAGGGUGUCCAGAUCACAGAGCUGCUGCUGCAUGCCAUCACUGAUGCAGAUGCCAAAGCAGCUGACCAGGAUGAUGCCUACAAACCUGGCAAGCUGGACCUGUUGACCUCGAGCCUGAGGCUCAGCAAUGAGCCAGGCCCACCUAGCGCCUACUACAGCAUGCACACGACCCUCCCGGAGGAGGGGGGCAGGACCGCUCUGCAUGUGGCCUGUGAGCGUGAGGACAACAACAAGUGUGCCAGGGACAUAGUCCAGCUCCUUCUGUCUCACAGAGCAAAUCCUAACCUGCUGUGGAGUGGCCACUCACCGCUCUCCCUGUCCAUCGCCAGUGGGAAUGAUCUGAUCGUGAAGGAGCUCUUGGCCAAGGGAGCUGACCCCAACCUUCCCCUUACCAAAGGCUUGGGCAAUGCCUUGUGUGUCGCCUGUGACCUGACCUAUGAGCACCAGAGGAGCAUGGAGAGCAAGCUGGCCCUGAUUGACCGACUCAUCCAUCAUGGGGCCGACAUCCUGACGCCCGUGAGGCUCACGCAGGGAGACAAGGUGGCAGUGGGCACGGCUGUCGACUACGGCUAUUUCAAAUUCUUCCAGGACCGCAAGAUUGCCCACUGCCCCUUCCAUGCGUUGAUGCCAGCAGAGCGUGAGACGUUUAUAGCGCGGAAGCGGCUCCUGGAGUACCUGGGCUUCCAGCUGCGGCUUGCUGUCUUCAACAAGGAGAGCCAGUGGGACGCCACCACGCUGUGCCUGAGCAAGAGAGGCAGUUCCUCUGCUUUCAGCACAGUGUCCUCCCCGUGA